AUAGAUUUACUACGGAGUACGGAGUAGAGUAUUACAGGUUCAACAUUGGCCCCCAAAUCGUCAUCUCCUGAAGAUUUCGAGCAAAAUCCUCCUCAAGAAGCAGUUCUCAAGGCGAUUUCAGAAGUGUCCAAGACAGAAGGGAGGGUAGGCCAGACUACGAAUAUGGUUAUUGGAGGCACUACACAUGAUGAUUCCACCAAUGAAAGGCUUGCUUUGGAUAAGAAGGGAAGUGAAUCGUUCUUCAGGAGUGUAUUGGCUAUUAUGGAAGCAAAUUACCUAAACAAAAAUCCUUCUGCUAAAUCCAUUUUGGAGCUUGUUCGAUCUGCGGAUGGUGAUCGAAUUUGCUAUGACCAUUUUGCUUUCAGAACCUUUGGGGUAAAUGGACAUGGGAUUGAUUCCAUGGCGAAAUUCUUCUUGGACUUUGGUUACGAGAAACGGGAAGAGCUGAGGUUCCCUGCAAAGAAGUUGAAAGCCUUUUGGUUCUCUCCUCCGAAGUUGUUAGAUUCUGAGAAUGGAACUCGUGUUAGUGGGCCCUUGCCGAGAAUUUUCAUAUCAGAACUCCUUGUUGAUCAAAUGAGUCCAGGAGCUCAGGAAAUAAUUAGAAAGUAUACUAACAUAUCUGGCAAUGGAUAUGGGCAUGCAGCUCUUGCCAGUGCAUUGCAUUGCCUCACAUGGGAAAAGCCCUCUUUUGAAGAAUUCCAGAAAUUGGCUCGUGAAAGCGAAUAUGCUGCUUGGACACUUGUCAAUGGCUAUGCUUUGAAUCACGUGACUAUAUCUACUCAUCGCUUGAAAUCAAACUUGGCAAGUAUUGACAGUUUCAACCGGUUCAUUGAGGAGAAUGGUUUUAAGCUGAACUCUGAAGGGGGUAUUUUGAAAGUGAGCCCCGAUGGUCUUCUGCUGCAAAGUUCAACCGUGGCAGAUUCUGCCCCUUUUCAAUUUUCAGAUGGCACAACAGAAUUGGUCCCGUGUUCGUACAUUGAAUUUGCUGAACGUCUUGUCUUGCCUGAGUACAAAGAUUUACCCCGGGAAGAGAUAAAGGAAUUUCACAGGCGAGAUGGGUUUGAGGUUGGAAAUGCUGACAAGAUAUUCGAGAGCACAUCGAGGGAUCAACUAACCAGGAAGGCUGCGUAAUCGACCAGCUUUGGAGAUACGCAGUUGAAAAUCGUGUGCAGGUGGGAAAGCUAUUACUGAGAACUAUGUUUAUGCUGGAAUUGAGUAAAAAUGGUAACCCCAGAAACAUGCAGGAAUGUAAAAGACAAUCUUGAAAAUGUAUAGGGCAAUGCUCUUUUAUAUCUAUGUAUAAUGUAUAAUAUAAAAGCUCACUGCUGCCCAAGACUUUUUCAGGCGAAAUAUAUUGUACUAUGUGCAUUCUUAGUUGUUCCUUGCAAAAUUAGUUUCCUAUUUUGCCCUUGCGAUAA